AUGGGGUCUGCCAGUGUGAAAUCAACCAGAAUUUUGCGUUCUGCUGCUCGUGACAAUCUCAAGACACCGCAAGAGCCAGUCUCACCAGAUCUGAUUAACACGGUCAAAGCGGGUCAGUCAUCCCAGAAAGCUACAAGCGUUCAGCAUGAUGCACUUUUGCCACCAGCACCAAUGAGGCGCAAAGCCCAUGAAAUCACUGAAGAAGAAGUCUCGUAUCAAGCCGAGAAGGAGAAGAAAGUGAAGAAACCGAAAGUCGCAAAUGAAGAAAAGCGACUCCGCAGGUUCAGACCUAAGCCACCUCAGUCGUUUCAUGAGAUCUACGACCGGGCUCUUUCUCAGCGCUUUUACGUGCUUAAUCGCGUCAGGGGAGGAACCCAAGACUGCCCUGAGGAAGAUGUUGAGAUGACAGGAUCGACUGGAAACAUCUACACUGUUCAUGUUGGAAAACAGCCGCGAUGUACGUGCCCUCACCAUGAGAAGGGCCAUCAGUGCAAGCAUAUUCUCUAUGUCAUGAAGCAAGUUCUCAACGCGCCUUUUAAUCUCGUCUACCAGCUCGCGCUUCUGAGCACUGAACUUCAAUCAAUCUUUGCCUCUGCGCCUCCCAUUUCGGCCCCUGGACAAGCAGAGUCCGACAAGCGGAAGCCCAUCGAUGGCGAUUGUCCCAUCUGCUACUGUGAGCUUGACGAGAAGAACCAAGAGUCUAUCGUUUGGUGCGCUGCCGCCUGUGGUCAGAACAUUCACGAGGAGUGUUUCAGGAUGUGGGCGCAGACAAAGGCUGGUGGGAAAGUGACUUGCCCCAUGUGUCGCAGUGUCUGGAAGGGUGACGAGAAGCUUGUAGCAAAGGUUCAGAAGGAUAAAGGCGCCGUGCAGGAGGGGUAUGUCAAUGUUGCGGACCAGCUUGGCAUCAGUCGUGAGAGAGAUGAGUCGAGCUAUUCGCGAUGGUAUGGAAUUCACAACAGACGUCGAGACCCGAACUGGGAGGGUAACAGUUCUUGGCAUGGAGGGUGGUGA